AUGCAGCCUCCUCUCCUCUUCUCCACGCCCCUGUAGUCUCCUCCUCUCCUCCGUUCUCUCCCUCUAUCCUGGUCUGUUCCUCUCUGAAAAGAAGGAUGAGGGGUGGUGUGUGUGUGUGGUGUGUGGGCCUGCUGAUUUUGGGGUUACGAUGGGUGCACGGACAAAGCCAGACCAACUUCACAAGGCCUAUUUUCCUGUGUGGGGGUCAUAUAGCAACAGAAUCAGGGUUUAUAGCUAGUGAAGAUUUCCCCACGCACUACAAACCCAACUCCAAAUGCACCUGGUACAUCAGUGUCCCGGAGGGCCAGGUGGUCAUGCUCCAGUUCCGGAUCUUUGACCUGGAGGCGGACCCCACCUGUCGCUAUGACUACUUGGAUGUGUAUAACGGUCACACGUACACGGUGCAAAAACUGGGCCGAUUCUGCGGGACGUUCCGGCCGGGAGCGCUCAUCUCCACCUCCAACACCAUGAUGCUGGAGAUGGUGUCGGACUCCAGCAGAGGAGGACGAGGAUUCCUGGCCUUUUUCAGUGGAGGAAAACCACAUGUGGAUGAGAAUCAGUUCUGUGGAGGCAGGUUAACUAAGCCGGAAGGUUCAGUGAAGACUCCGAACUGGCCAGAAUCUGAUUACCCAGCAGGCAUCAGCUGCUCUUGGCAUAUCACAGUUGCAACCAAUAUGGUGAUUGAGGUGAAGUUUGAGAAGCUGGAUGUUGAAGCAGAUAUAUACUGCAGAUACGACUACGUGGCACUGUUUAACGGAGGAGAGACGGACAAUUCGAGGCGGAUAGGCAAAUUCUGUGGCGACUCGGUUCCAGAUGUGGUCGUGACCAAUGGGAAUGAACUGUUGGUCCAGUUCGUGUCUGACUUGAGUGUGACGGCCUCAGGUUUCAGUGCGCGCUACACCAGCCUCCCUCGCGGCUCCCGAACCCCAACAACAGUUCUGGACACAGUGCCUGGAGCGAGAGUGGACCCUCUACCUGUUAUCCCCAGCACUAGAGCACCUGCUAAGCCUACAACUAAGCCUAAAACCACACCCAAGCCUAGGUUUGUUGUUAAACCUAAAGCGACGCCAAAACCUCCAUCUAGGCCACCAAAGCCUAAGCCCCCCAGACCAACUCCUCGCAAGCCAGCUGUUAGAUCAACGAGUAAACCUAAACCAGCAAGACCCACACCCAAGCCUAAACCCAGGCCUACACCCAAAACUGCAGCUAGAGUUACACCAAAACCUCCAGUGAAAGUAACACAAAAGCCUAAGGUUAAACCGACCCCAAAACCUAAGGUUAAACCAACACCAAAGCCUAAAGUUAAACCAACGCUGAAGCCAGGGAUUAAGCCUACAGCUAAACCAGUUAAACCAGCUAAACCAACGCCUGCCCCCAAAGCCAAGCCUGGAGUGAAACCAACAUCCAAACCCAAGCCCACUCCUGCAGCAGGAAGCAGGAAGACACCAGUAGGGGGAGCACAGUGUACCCAGCCUUGCAAGAGGACAGGAACUCUUCUGACCAGCUUCUGCCCCAGCAACUUUGUUGUAACUGGUAAGAUCACGUCACUGACCCCAAGUUCCAGUGGCAGUGUCGAGGUGGACGUUUCUAUUAUUAAGGUUUACAAAAAAGGCCAACUUAACAUCACCAAAAGAGGACCCAUCAUGUCGGUUACCCUCACAGCUCCCUGUGUGAAGUGUCCCGCUCUGCGUAAAGGAAUAAACUACGUACUGAUGGGUCAGGUGAAUGAAGAGGGCCGUGGCCUUCUGAACCCGUCCAGCUUUGUCCUCCUCUAUAAGACAGUGCACGACAAGGCACUGGCCAAUCUCGCCAAGAAACCAUGCUGACCUCACCUUCACUUCACCAAGCACCAGACUAACAGUCUUAAUCAACCUACAGUAUGAAAAUAUUAAUGUUUUAAAGCUUAAGACUGAACUUUUUAACAUUGCAGUGGAUUAUGAGUGAAUCUUCACUACAGGAUAUACUGUAUCUCUGUUAAUACAGUUUACAGUAAAGUAGAAAGUCUAUAUGGGUUUAACUAUCUUUAAAAUGUCGCAACAUAAGUGUUCUUAUUCAUUUUUAGACCUAUCUGACACAGUUUAAGUCACUUUGCAAAAUAUGGUCCUAUAUAUGAGACAUAGGAACAUGUUUUUUUUCUGCUACACAGAUAUUAUGAUAUAAAGCAUUGUAUUUCUAUUUUGUAAAUUAUGAAACUUGUUAUUAAAAGAUUUUACCUAAA